UUCCCGUAACCAACAAGUAUGGCAUCCUCUUCCAAUGAAAGAUCGAAAUCGAAGAGCAACGCCGACGAUCGCCAUUCUUCUUCAUCAACGACAUUACAGCCACUGGAUCGAUCCCAGUCCCGCAUUCCAGAACCAAAUGAACCUCUGUGGAAAAAAUUGUUCGGCCACGAAAUUUCAAUCCUAAACUGCUUUGGUUUCUUCUCCAGUGCGCACUCUCACAGUUCAUCAGCAAGAGUUUAUCAGAUCUGGCCAGGAAGAAAUGUGUUCUUCUUCAGGGGGAGACUAAUCUGUGGCCCUGAUCCCCGCGGCCUUCUUCUAACUUCAGUUUCAGUUAUUCUUUCUGAAUGGACUUUCUGCAACUAUAUUUGCAGCAGAACUUUGCUUGAUCAGUUUGUCCUUAUAGUCACUCUAUCAGUUCUCUUAACAGCUGUGGUUAUUGUUAGUUUGAUCAUGGCAAGCACAAGGGACCCAGGAAUUAUUCCGAGGAAUGAGAGCUCACCUUUGGAAGAUAUCGCUUCUAGUAGCAGAGUAAGAAGCAGAAGAAUCACCAUUGAUGGCAUUGAAGUAAGGAUCAAGUACUGCAGGAUCUGUAAGAUAUUUCGCCCACCUAGAAGCUUUCACUGCCAAGUUUGUGACAAUUGUGUGGAGAAAUUUGAUCACCAUUGUCCAUGGCUGAGCCAGUGUGUUGGCUUGCGAAAUAAUCGGUAUUAUAUGAUGUUUAUAUUUAUGGCUUUGGUGUUCUUCGUUUACAUGUUGUCUUUCUCAUGGUGGAAGAUUGGGAAGAAGAUGUCUGACAAUGAAUGGGGAGGUUUUAGAGCAGCGGCGGAGUUGCCUGAGACAUUUGCUUUGGCUCUGUUUAGUUUUGGGGCCAUUGGCUUUCUUGGAGGGCUUGCAAUUUUUCAUGUGUAUCUUAUAAUCGUGAAUCAG